GAGCGGUGAAUAGUUAAGUACUAUCGCAUUGUGUGUCCGGUACACAGAGCACGCUCUACGGGGUAAUCGCUCGCGUGCGACUUGUGUGUGUAUGGGUGUAUUAGCUGCUUUUGUAUACUCGCAAAAUCUGUAUAAAAAGUUUGGCACGCGCGGAGUCAUGCACCACAACUUGUUCACUCGCUCAGCCGAAGUACUCGCCGAUUUUAACUAUCACUCACGCUGACUCCAUCAUUGCACUCGCAAGCAGUGCAGCUUUACCCGGACUAACAAAAUUCUUGUUCUUGAUUAUCAGUGAUUAUCUUGGUUUAGUUUAGCCAAGGUCAAUUGCUUUGGACUUAAUUAAAUAAUUAAUCGACACUUAUCGAAGAUUUUUCUUGCUUUGGGUCAUCAUAAUUCUUUGGAGCUUUCGUGUCUAGACUUAACUCUAUAUUGAUGUUAUUCUACCCGUCAAUGCCGUGCCUAGCGACCUACCCCAGCCAGAACAAAGAUAUGAUUCCCCUCACGACGCCCUCUACGCCGAACCCCACGCCACUGGGUCCACCCACCGGUGCUACGACCACGACCACCACCCUCAAACCGGCCGGAGACUCCCCGCUCACCGACAGAAGCAUGGACACAUCAACGCCAGGUCUGCUGGGCGGCGUCGGCAGCGGAAUCCACAAAUCCGAGCAGGACUCGACCAACAACAACGCCGGUGCCAACGGCAAGGGGAAUGACGACGUCAAGUCACCGGGCGACCCCAAGGACGAUGAUAAGAACGACAGCGAUGCUAAGAGGAAGAAGAGGAGAAACAGAACGACGUUCACAAGUUACCAGCUGGAGGAGAUGGAAAAGGUUUUCCAGAGGACGCAUUACCCCGAUGUGUACUGCAGAGAACAACUCGCUCUCAGAUGCGAUCUCACAGAGGCACGAGUCCAGAUCCAGGUCUGGUUUCAGAACAGGCGAGCUAAGUGGAGGAAAAGGGAACGCUUCCAACAGUUCCAGAACAUGAGGGGCCUAGGACCAGGAUCUGGUUACGAGAUGCCCAUAGCGCCACGCCCAGAUGCUUACUCACAGGUCAAUUCUCCUGGCUUCCACGUCCUUGGCGACACACAUCAACCCCCAGCUCCCGUUGAGGGCGCCAUGCUCAGAAUCUGUCGCAACCUGCAGAACCUCCGUCGGGAAUUCGACUCGAGGAAGAUCGGGUGCCACCCGUCCAGUUCGGUGGGAGGCACGCCCGGUACCAGUACCACCAACGAAUCGCAAGACACCAGUAACCACUCCUCAAUGAUUCAUCAAUCGUCACCAUGGGCAACGGCAGCAAACAUGGCGUCACCCCUCGCGUCCUCCAUGUCCCCGGUCGGUCAACAGCCCCAGAUGCCCGGCCAGAACCCGAUCAACAGCUGCAUGGCACCGCAGUCAACACUCCCAUCCUUCAUGGGCGUCCCUGCCCAUCAAAUGAACAACACCGGGGUCAUGAACCCUAUGUCCAACAUGACCUCGAUGACCUCUAUGCCUACCAGUAUGCCGCCGUCAUCGGGGACCGCACCGGUCAGCAGUCCGAGCUCGAACUUCAUGUCCAGCGUUGGCGGCCUCAACGCCGCAGCGUACAACGGACAGUACACCGAUAUGCACCCGACCGUAGAGGGCGUCGGAGGCGUGGAUCGUCGUACUAACAGCAUCGCAGCACUCAGGCUUAGAGCAAAGGAACAUAGUUCGGUCAUGGGGAUGAUGAAUGGUUACUCGUAAAUACUUUAUUAAUGAAAAUAAAUAAUAUUUGUUAUUUUCACUACGCGCGUGUGACGUCCACUACAAUUGGAAAAGGACCUGUCUUAGGGCGAAACCAAAAUGGAAUUUCCACUCCAAGGGAAAUGCGUUAAUUGACCAAUCCGAAUGAAUUCCCCAGAAAAUGAAGACUCAAUCGAUGAUAAUUUCCAUGUUUUCUUAUUAGCCUAAACAUAUACAAAUUCAUUGUGGAAACAAUGAGAUCAAACUUACCAAAGCAUAUCCUCCAUGUUCUCAAGAUUUGGAUACCAAAUGGCAAAGGAAUUGUUCCAUUUUCUUUGAAAAUGAGCACUUUUCAGGUUCAGCAAGGUUUCUUAUGAAAGCAACUUUUAUCCAGUUACGGUAUGGUGGAAUAUGUCCUGAACUUUAAUCAUGAGAUUACAAGCUAAACGAAUGAGACCAAAAUUAUACUUGUGUAUACCAAAGUGAAUUAAAAUAAUAAACAACAAUAAUGAUAGAUAAGUUUUUUAUUGGGUAUACAUGGUAUAAGAGCAUUAGCCCGAUGUUGUUAUGAAAAGUACUUAAACGUGUACAUUCUUGUAAAGUACAUUUCUCUCAUAAUUGAUUUUUUUAUAUUGCCCCCCCCCCCACACUGACCCUUCUCACUCUUGGGGAUCACCCCCCCCGCCCUCUAUGACCCCCUCCCCAUCUUGAAGCAAAUAUGCGAAGGGAUAUAUUGAGAAGUACUUUGUUAAGCUGAUCAUUAAUCUUUUUUUCACCCUUAGAAGAUUGCAAGACCCGGUAAACCAUUCAUUGUUGACUCUUUUUUGUACAAAAUCACCAUCCUAGUACGUGAAUUCUAUAGCAAUAAUUUAUUAAAAACAAAAAGCUUGAAAGCAUAGAAGCAAUAGAUUUAGAACUGUGUAGAUGUGCAAAGGUAGUGAGUUCUUGGCAUGCGUUCCGGAUCUUUCCCAGGAAACCCUCAACGGAUGAGGGAGGUGACUACCAACGAACGUAGAGGGCAGCAACACUUUGUUCGUUGGUGACUACUGACUGAGCUGGAAUUGAAUGAUGUAAAAAAUGAUAAUGGAUUUCUCCAAUAAGGGGAAAUGGACUAGGAUGGUAAAUAAAGGUGUAUAUAUUUUAAAUGUGAAAAGUGAAAAGGCAUUACUGCAUGGAUGAUGGUGUAAAAGGUGUCUGACGCAACAUGCGUGAAGACUAUCUUAUUUGAAAGGUGGUAGUCUGAAGAGGAUCAAAAAAGGCAGUGGAAACUCAGUAUAACGAGGUUUUCAUUAUAACAAGCAUGUUUUAACAAAGUUCUUGGUAUAUAUGUUAUAACAAAGUUCUUGUUAUAUCACACCUUGUAUUUCUCUUAUACCAUGUAUACUGAGUUUCUACUGCAGCACUAAGUGAUGGGGUGUCCUUUAAGAAAUGUUACUUGUUCAGGUAUCAUUACUCUCCCAGCAACUAUUGGGGGAAAUUAUCAUAUCAAUAAUUCAUAUUUCAAUUGCAAAUGUUUUUUUUUGUGCUAUUGUUUGCGUUCGGUAUAUGUUUUUCAAUCCUCUCAACGCCAGUUUCUUCUAAAAAUUCAUCGAUUAUUCUCGCAGAUGAAGAUUUUGGAAUUAAUUGAAAAAAUGCUCCUUUUUUCACAAUAAAUGAAAAAUUAAUAGGACACCCCACGUAGAGUGUAUGAACGCUGAUAGAGUCCAUACCAAGUGUAUUUGCUAAAUUAGAGCGUUAGCCUUAUGUGUGUUUUAGCACAGUGAGUGGUGUCUACCAUUUGUUUUAUUCUGUGAAAUAUUUGUGUCGCAUUUUUUUCUCGGAAACAAAUUGUAAGUCACCGUCACGAAUAAAAACCAGAUCAAAAUGUAUUCAUUGAAAUUUGUAGAAGUAGGAAUAGGAAUCAUAGUGUUCUUGCAAAUAGAGCUAUUCCGUUGUGCUUGAUCAUUUUUUUUCGCCUCGAUCUUCCACUCCUGGGGCCCGUUGCAUAAAACUUUUUUUGCCCUGUGUUAAAGUCAAUGGCAGAAAUCAGACUAACCUUAGUUUUCAGUUUUUACCAGAGUUUUCUCAGGUAAAAAGUUUUAUGCAACAGACCCCUGAUUCUACCGGGGUGGGGUUUGAGAGAAGGAAAUAAAGUCAGCACAACCAGAAAGCCGUUAAGUCUUGCCCUUUGUAGUUCAUGUGACUUGUUUUAUGAUAAUUUGGUUCAGUUUCAAGUCCAAACGUCUCUUGUAGUUGCGAUGAUCGGCUGGAAAGCUUAAUCCCGUAAUACAUUUUUAGACUAAUUUCUUUCACAUGUGACAUUCUUUUAUUAGUAUUUUGCCAACUUUUGCCGAUAAAAUCAUUUAUGUUUUGCAUCUUGCCAGCUACGGCAACCACAUACCGUGAGUGUGCUAACGUGUGUUACUGAGUAUUAAGUGUGCUAGGAAUAUAUUUGAUAGUGAGAAUAUAAUUUGCACUUUUAACAGUGCUUGUUGAGGCCAAUCUCCUCGUUCACCAAUCAGAGACCGGAUUCUAACUGUGUCGGGUCCGCUCGGUCACUAAUGGACCAAUAGAAACACCCGUUUCAACGGCUCUACAAUGCACUUAUGAUAGAAACACUUAUUUAAUGUGCACUUGGUUCAUGGUUGUGUCAUCUAUUGUUUUUGUAUUUAUUAUUUUUUCAUUUGAAUCAAUUUGCGAAUCCUGUCCGACGAUUUUAAACCACAGAAUCAUUUGAUAUGUAAAUUAUGCAAGACAAGUGUAGUUAUAUUUUUUAUUAUUAUUGUUAUUAUUCACAAAUAACCGAAAUAGUAUUCAUGUUAUAUUGUCUAAAUUCAUUUUCAAGAGCAUCUGAGUUUGCUUUUAUGAAUUCAUUAUGCAAAUAUUUUGUGACGAAUUUUCUUAUUUCUUAAUAUCACCAUGUCUCCCCUCUUGGUAUUGUUUAUAACUAUUCGAUUGUACAGAUAUUCGUAUCAUAAUUUUGCUCUUAUCGAGUUUGUUUUGUUAUGUUUUUUUUAUUGAAAUGGAAUUCUGUUAUGGAGCGGGUAGAUAGCAAAGAAAGGCUGCAUAUAUUAUGUACAUAGAGGGCCACACAGUACCUGUGUGUCGUGUGCGUCUUAUACGAGUGGUGAGUUUCAAAAGUCAAAUUUUCAAACAGGGUCAAAGUUUUCUAAGCUUUUCUCAACGAGAUAUAUCUAUGACAUUAACUUGAUUUAUUCUGACAAGGGAUUAGAAAGAAAAGUCUUGUCAGUAUCAUUGAGGAUGGCAUUAUUCCACUAUGAGCAAUAAGUUUCUUUGCUAAGUAAGUGGUCAUGAAUUUCAGUCAGAUCUUCACAUUUGUAUUGUUCCUUUUAUUUUCUCAAAUCAGCAUCCUUCCAAAAUGCCACCAGAAUUAUUUGAGUAUUUAAUUGUAGCAAUAAUUAGACCGUCACCAUCCUGCCAAAGUUACAAAGUAAAAAUUCAGUAUUUGUAUUCAAAUUUAUUAUUUGUGUAAUUUGAUUGUGAUGUUUACACCUUUGGUUUUCAGUGUUGGGUUUUUCUCUGUACAUUUCCCUGUGAACUGUAGGUUCGAUUUUCACAUCCAAGAACAGAACUAAUUUUCAUGUUUUUGAUGAAAUUAGCAUGAAUAUAAUAAUUGUACAGGAAAAAUGCUGGUGAUUUUUUUUCUGUUUGUUUGUAAAGUUGAAGAUAGAGUACAGAAGAUGAUAUUAUGUUUUUAUGUACAGAAAUGAUCUCAAUAAAGAUUAAUUGAUGUCAUUGACAAUGUGAAUCCUUUAA